AUGAAGACAAAGAGACAUGGUGAACCACACUUUGCCUUCCCUGUCGUGAUAAUCUUUUCUUUGUGUUUGCAAACAAGUGCAAACCAUACUGAUUAUCCUAGGGUUAUAAAUGAAACCCAGAAUCCUAUCCCCCAAAACCAAAGUGGAAGCCAGAACAUAACAGAAGCCGAUACAAAUUCUCCUCCAAGCAUCAAUUUCAACGGCCAAACGACUACUUUUGAAAUGCAGACAAGUACCCUGCAAUCCUUAUCGUCAACGAUGGCCCAAAAUUCAACAUCUUCCCCUGCUAGAAGUGCUGUUCCUGCCACUGGAGCACCUAGGAAUACCAGCAAACCCAAGAAUGCAAUGCCAAAAGAAACAUGUGAAGACAAUAAGUCUCUCAUACUGAUUUGCUUCAUUGUAAUAGCAGUCCUUGUGCUUAUCUGCACCUUCUUAUUUCUGUCGACAGUUGUAAUAGCAAACAAAAUGUCGUAUCUCAAAAAAAAUAGGCAAGGAAAACGGAGGCCCAGGAGCAAUGGUGAUAUUCUGGCAACUAACAGUUUCUGGCCAACUGCAGCGGGAACAUGGCAGAGGAUGCCUAAGGAGACAACUGGAACUGACUUGAUAAUGCAAGACUUCGUAUCAGGGAGAGAUGCUGUGAUCCAAAGGAAAAUCGAAGAUGAAACUACUGAGAAACUCACUAAGGAAACAGAUAACAAACAGGAAAAAGAACCAUCAAAGUCGCACAAACCCAUUUUAACCAAUUUUGUACUUGAAAUUUAA